AUGGACAGUGGAGUUAGCACUGACUCCCAAGAGCCUGUUGUCGGAGUUUCUGACUCUACAGACUACCAAACAUCGUUGGUCGCGGAAGGACUGGAUCUUCAUCCAUUCUGGUCAUCAGCCAAAGCGGAAGGAUUGGAGGAUCUUCCACCAUAUACCGCUGGACCAAGUCGCAUCAUCUCGGCGAAUGAUGGCACCAAGGACUGUCUGGCUCUUCUUCUCACGCCAAACUUGGUUGCAGCGCUCAAUCAAAUCACACACGACAUCCUAGCAUUGGAACGAAAGGAUGGAGCGCUUGAAAAGAUUGAAUCGGAAAUCACCGAUUUGUCAUGUAAAGCGGGCAAGGCGAAAGAGACAAUAAGAAAUUCGCGGUAUCAAGAACGGGCGGAAGAGAUGCAGCUGGCUUUGGAGAUAUUGCGAUUAAAACAGCAAGAAGCCGAAGAGCGUAAGAUCCAUCUAAAUAUCGAAUUGGUGCCUCUGGAAAACAGUCUGAAGUUUUCAAGAGGUCAAUCCCAAGGAAUCUUCGAAGAAGCUUUGCUCGAAGCAUGCUUACUAGACCCACCAGAGCCGGCGAGUCCACCUGUACUCCACGACGUGGAUGACGCUGUCUCGUCUGGAGCCUGUCCAUCCGCCCCGAGCAUGUACGAGGGCACCGAGCCUACUCCGGAACAGCAAUUGCUCCGAGAGGCCCGUAUGGAUGUCAUCGACAGCUAUGACACGCUGAGGACCUACCAAGCCAGAUUCGAUGACCGGCAAGCCGAUUACGAACAGAAGCUGGCGGAUUUCCAACAGGCCGAGGCCGAAUCUGAGUGCACCCGGACCCAUUUCGAUCACCAACACAUCCAGCACGUCCGAAAUUUGACAAGGGAUCUGAUUUCUGCCGAACAGGGAUACAGAACAGCAAAGGCGAAGGCUCGGGUCUUGGAGGCGGCUGCGGACCCCCACGGCCUCAACGCUGAUUCCGGCUACCUUGCCUAUGACGGCGAUCGAAGGAGCGACGACGUGUCGACUGAGCCGGACAUUGGUCGUGAACGCAUUGAGACUUGGUCGCGGGGUGUUUUGUCCGACCAGGAUGCGGAGAUUCUGGAGAAUCGAGAGCCCUUGGAUCUUGACCAUUGGAAUGCAAGGCCGGUUGAGAUCAUGGACAGUAUCAGUGUGAUCGAUUGUGAUGAGUAUGUCGACGAGCUCAAUGACUGGAAAGAGCACUGCAGGGUUCUCAGGGAGUAUCUAUCGAUUCAAUGA